AUGACUGAGUCGCGUUCGGGCGAAUUUUUCCUAUCUGAAUUUUCACCUCGUCAAUUGCAACAUUUGCAACACUUCUUGUCUGACAAUGACCUAUUCACUAGCAAAGUUGACACUGUGCACGCAGUUUCCCCAAAUUGUCCAAAGGCAGAACAAAUGCGCCAGCUAGUUGAAGCCGCAUUCAUAGCAGACUAUCUCCAAAUGCCGAGGUUCAAAGUCAAAUUGCAGGCACUAUUCCAAUAUCUUUUGCAUUCUCUUAUGCAGUCUCAAUCUCCUUGCAUUUCCCGUGUUCACGAAUGUGACACUUUCACUGACAUGAUUCCUAUUCUUACCGAUAAUCGCUUGAAAUGCCUGAGACGUCCCCUUGUGCGUUUUAUUAAUCGAUAUCCCACAAUUCUCCUUGAUUCCAAAUUCGUAAAAUUUGAUAUUUCACAGCCCUGUUUACUUAAUUCAGUCCUUCUUGCUCUCUCCUCUGACAAGGUAUUUCUCUCGUAUGAGGAUGAAAUCCUCGAUUGUGCUUCUGAGUGGCUUCAGCGUUCUCUUACGCGCCAAAAACGACCGAGAAUCGAGAAUAAUCCCUUGCGCGAGAUUCUUUUUCGUCUAGUUCAAUCGCUUCGUCUUGGCUUGCUGAGUCCUUCAGGGCUUCAGAAUUUAGUCAAUCUCUUGGAUGAGUAUCCGCAGAUUGUUUCUGCAGACUCCACUCUUAGCAGCUAUCUUUCUUCUCUUCGAAUAUUUCUUUCCCAUAAUUUCCGCUCGCAUUUUCAAGCUACCUUGGAGUGCAGCGCCUCCACUUUCCUCUCUCUUGAUAGAUCUGCUUUUCGACCUCGCGCAGACACUCCUGUAUUGAUUCUCGUUGCUAGGCAAAACUCUCCGUCCUCCUUCAUUCUCUACUUUUUGAAUCUCCUUACAGGUCAAGUUCUCAGUAGCCCGACUCCUCUCUCUGUCGAACGAACCCUUCUCUUCGAACCUAGUGAAAGCAAUCCUAUUCAUCUUUGCACGGCAGAGGUACCAAAUCGUCAGAGCCUUGUGUUCCUUUUCAUACACCAAAUAAAUACCGCAACACUAAAAGGGAUGGUUUGGGAUUUGGCGACCCUACAAGCUGAAUGGAUUCCCGAUUUGGACCUUAAACAUGCCUCCUUUGCCUGGGCAACCACCUCCUUUACUUUCUCUCUUCCCCAUGCAGUUGGUGUUGUGUACACAAAAGAUGGUUUGAUGGUCUACUGCUCAUUCUCGCUCUGUACACAGACUGUCCUCUGUGUCUACCGUUUCGAAGCCUCCUCGUGGAGUUGGAUUAAAUAUCAUCCAAAGUCUAUUGACCAACCUCGUGGUGAUCACAAAGUGCUCAAGCCUAUGCCGCAUGCGACAGCCCAGGGUAUGGGUGAACGAUGGCUCUAUGGCACUGUGGACUCAGCUGCUGGCAGCCAAUUUGUGCGAAUGCGACCCGCUUCACUGCCGGGAUCUGGUGACUAUUCUAUUCAAUUGGAGACACUCCAGUCUCCUGAUUUCAUUCUUAGGGCUUACAACCUAGUUAGUGUACAUACCGUCUCAUCCGGACAGCCUGAUUCUGAGAGCGAUGGAGAAACAGGUACGUGGAAUUUAUUUGGUCGUACUACAUAUUCCUCACGAUGA